CAUUACGCAGGUCUUUCUCACGUGAUUCUGUUCAGAAUUGCUUUUAGUUCAGUGAAUUAGUUUUUGAUGAGGCUGAUAUGUCGAGACUUAGGGAGGUCGUCAUCGCUGCUGUUGCCGUUGGCGCUGGCGCUGCGUUUCUGUACUGUUUAUUGAGGAAGAGAAAGAAGCCGUGGAAUGAGUGGCGGCGGGACGGUGUGUACGUAAGAGACCCGGAUGACCUACAGAGGAAGUUGGGAAGGAUGGCAGCAGAUGGGGCUAGCAAACUCCAGGUUAUCUCUGAUUUUGACAUGACUCUUACCAAGUUUUGGAUAAAUAAUCAAAGAGGAAUGACAACGCAUGCAAUUCUCGAAACGAGUGAACUUCUUCCUGUCUCAUUUCGCGAGAAGAUGACAGCUUUGAAAAAGAAGUACUAUCCCAUUGAAAUAUCAAGUACCAUGGAGGUGAAGGACAAGAUACAUUACAUGGAAGCAUGGUGGUGCCAAGGCCACGAUGCUCUUGUUUCAUGCAAUAUUCAUCGGUCUAUCAUAGGGAAGAUGGUAGAACAGUCGAACACAACACUGAGAGAUGGCUGUCAACAUCUUUUUGCCAUGCUAAGAAACUGCAAUGUUCCGCUGAUGAUUUUAUCUGCCGGAAUUGGAGAUCUCAUUGACGAGGUUCUUAAUCGGCAGGCAUCACUGUAUAGAAACAUUCACGUUGUAGCAAACUACAUGGACUAUGAGGAGAAUGACAUGCUUGUGGGAUUCAAGGGUCAUCUGAUUCACACAUUCAAUAAGACAGAGAACUCUGUUCGAAGUUCAGACUACUUUCAAGAGAUAAAGGAUCGCUGCAAUGUUGUACUGCUCGGUGACUCACACGGCGACCCUCACAUGGCAGAUGGAGUGGAACAUGUAGCAAAUAUUGUCAAGAUAGGUUUUCUCAAUGACGAGGUUGAAAGCAGGUUUGAAGGCCACAUGCAGCGGUACGAUAUUGUUAUAACAGGUGACCCAGACUUGAGCCUCGUAAACUCUUUGCUGUCACACAUCUUACUAUCAAGCUAGCCGCAACUCAGCUACAGCUUUGCUUGGUUUUUAUUCCAUGUAUGUAUUUGUGCAAGUAUGUACACACACACCUUGUAAGUGAUUGCAACUCAAGAACAGACAUGCGGGUUUUGCUAGGAUGUGUUGAUGUAACAACUAAGAGUUUUAGAUUAUUAGAAAUUGGUCUCAG